AUGGGGGAAAGACGGGCACGGUCCUUCCACAUGACCUGCCAUAUGCAACGCGACUACGGGACCCGCAUCGGGAGCUCCUUCAUCGGAUACAGCCCAAACGGAUACGCCAGUUCCAGCCUGAGCCUCAGCCUGGACCAGGACCUGGACGUGGACCCUUUGGGCUCAGCAGAGUCCGCAGCGGCAGGGUUGGGGCUGCAGGCCCCUGUCAGGAGCCGCUACUCUCCUGUUUCACUGGAACUGGACCCUGCAGGGGUGAAUAAUGGAUCAGGCAUUCCCCACCGCCCGCCUGUGGACACAAUGGACCCAGCGCUGCAGAUCACACCAGGCCAGCCUUCACUCACCCCUGUCCCGCCACCUCUCCCGCGCUCCAGCUGGCUGCACCACCAAAAGGAUUUCCAGAGGCCGUACAUUAAGACUAGCAUGCAGGGGGAUGUUUACAACUUCCUUGAGAGACCUGCUGGACUGAGAUGCUUCCUCUAUCACUUUCUUGUGUGA